AUGCGUCACGUCGCUUUCUUUGAAGCAACGGGGUAUACCGUGUUCAGAUGUCUGAUGCAUGCUCUUCAGGAUACCUCAAUAUUUUGCCAUGUGUACGUCAGGUGCGAGGAAAGUCUCCUGGAGAUGUUUGACGACGCGGAUGACUUCAAAUCGGAAUACCUUGACCGCAUGAAAAUUGUUACGGCAUACUUAACUCCAGAAACUGCAGCUGAGGUCCUUUUCCCGGAGGAACUCCGAGGACAGCCCGUCCACACAGUUGUCUACGGCAUCGGAGGCUUCAGGACCUAG